AAGAGGCCUCAAAAUCUCUGGAAACUAAAAGCAGCUGUUAGAAUUUCCAGGCUGACGGAGCCAGUACCCCCGGAAGGAAAAGCACGGCCAGCAGGUGGGAACAGGGAGGAACUUGGAUGAAAUCUCCUGCCCUUCUGCCAAGGAGGGACGAGAACAGCACGAGGCACUUUGUACACAUCAAGCCACUUAAACCCUUGCUGCUCGAGGUGCGGAUUGAAGACUAGCAGCGCCGGCCUUGGCUGCGUGCUUGUGGGAAAACCAGAAUCUCAGGCUAAACCCGAGACCUGCUGAAGCGAAUCUGCAUCUUACCGAGCUGCUCAGCACCUCGGCAAACUCCUCACCUUGAGAUGAAUUGAUUUCAACCACCCGGAGCUGCCCUUGUAGUUGGAGCGCUUGAAGCGCAGCCAGAAGAGCACCAAGGUGGAGGGGCCAGAGCCCGCGCCCGCCGAGGCCUCGCUGAGUGCCGAGCAGGGAACGAUGACGGAGGUGAAGGUGAAGACAGAGCUACCCGACGACUACAUCCAGGAGGUGAUCUGGCAGGGGGAGGCCAAGGAGGAGAAGAAGGCUGUCAGCAAGGACGGGACAGGCGACGUGCCCGCUGAGAUCUGUGUGGUGAUUGGUGGUGUCCGCAACCAGCAGACCCUUGGAUCCUAUGAGUGUGGAAUCUGUGGCAAGAAGUACAAGUAUUACAACUGUUUCCAGACCCACGUACGGGCACACCGAGACACCGAAGCCACCUCAGGGGAGGGCGCCUCCCAAGGCAACAAUUUCAGGUACACGUGUGACAUCUGUGGGAAGAAGUACAAGUACUACAGCUGUUUCCAGGAACACCGAGACCUACACGCCGUGGAUGUAUUCAGUGUGGAAGGGGCCCCUGAGAAUCGGGCAGACCCCUUCGACCAAGGUGUUGUGGCCACUGACGAGGUGAAGGAGGAACCCCCGGAACCAUUCCAGAAAAUCGGGCCAAUGAACAAUAUUACAUCAGAAAUUUUUAAGAAGAAAGAAGUUAGGCAGUGCCAAAAGAGAGAAACUGGCAAUUACACCUGUGAGUUCUGCGGCAAGCAGUACAAGUACUACACACCCUACCAGGAGCACGUGGCCUUACACGCCCCCAUCAGUACCGCCCCCGGGUGGGAGCCACCGGACGAUCCAGACACAGGCUCUGAGUGUUCACAUCCGGAGGUCUCCCCGUCUCCACGCUUCGUGGCAGCGAAGACCCAGACGAACCAGUCGGGGAAAAAAGCUCCGGCCUCCGUGGUCCGAUGCGCCACCCUCUUACACCGCACCCCUCCAGCCACCCAAACCCAGACGUUCCGCACUCCAAACUCGGGAUCUCCGGCAAGCAAGGCAACCGCAGCAGAAAGCGCUUUCAGUCGGAGAGUAGAAGGCAAAGCACAAAACCACUUUGAAGAGACGAAUAGCAGUUCCCAAAACUCCAGCGAAACUGCAAGUCCCCUGAUUUCCAAUCCUUUCCCUCUCCUACAGAAACCCUACACCUGUGGCGCCUGUGGGAUCCAGUUCCAGUUCUACAACAACCUGCUGGAGCACAUGCAAUCCCAUGCAGCGGACAACGAGAACAACAUCGCCUCCAACCAGUCCCGAUCACCACCUGCUGUCGUAGAAGAGAAGUGGAAACCCCAGGCCCAGAGGAACAGCGCCAACAACACCAUGAGCAGCGGUUUAACACCCAACAGCAUGAUCCCAGAGAAGGAGCGGCAAAAUAUUGCAGAGCGGCUGCUGAGGGUCAUGUGCGCCGACCUGGGUGCGCUGAGCGUGGUGAGUGGGAAGGAGUUCCUGAAACUGGCCCAGACGCUGGUGGACAGUGGUGCCCGCUACGGGGCCUUCUCAGUCACGGAGAUCCUGGGCAACUUCAACACACUGGCGCUAAAGCACCUGCCACGCAUGUACAACCAGGUGAAGGUGAAGGUGACGUGCGCCCUGGGCAGCAACGCCUGCCUGGGCAUUGGGGUCACCUGCCACUCGCAGAGCGUCGGCCCCGACUCAUGCUACAUCCUCACGGCCUACCAAGCCGAGGGCAACCACAUCAAGAGCUACGUGCUGGGCGUGAAGGGCGCGGACAUUCGUGACAGCGGCGACCUGGUGCACCACUGGGUGCAGAACGUGUUGUCGGAGUUCGUGAUGUCAGAGAUCAGGACGGUGUACGUGACGGACUGCCGGGUGAGCGCGUCUGCCUUCUCCAAGGCCGGCAUGUGCCUUCGCUGCUCAGCCUGUGCCUUGAACUCGGUGGUGCAGAGCGUGCUGAGCAAGCGGACGCUGCAGGCCCGCAGCAUGCACGAGGUCAUCGAGCUGCUCAACGUGUGCGAGGACCUGGCGGGCUCCACGGGCCUGGCAAAGGAGACCUUCGGGUCGCUGGAGGAGACCUCGCCGCCGCCCUGCUGGAACUCGGUCACGGACUCGCUGCUGCUGGUGCAUGAGCGCUACGAGCAGAUCUGUGAGUUCUACAGCCGCGCCAAGAAGAUGAACCUCAUCCAGAGCCUCAACAAGCAUCUGCUCAGCAACCUGGCAGCCAUCCUGACGCCCGUAAAGCAGGCGGUCAUCGAGCUGAGCAACGAGAGCCAGCCCACCCUGCAGCUGGUGCUGCCCACCUACGUCAGGCUGGAGAAGCUGUUCACGGCCAAGGCCAACGACGCGGGCACCGUCAGCAAGCUGUGCCACCUCUUCCUGGAGGCCCUCAAGGAGAACUUCAAGGUGCACCCGGCGCACAAGGUGGCCAUGAUCCUGGACCCGCAGCAGAAGCUGCGGCCCGUCCCGCCCUACCAGCACGAGGAGAUCAUCGGCAAGGUGUGUGAGCUCAUCAACGAGGUGAAGGAGUCCUGGACCGAGGAGGCCGACUUCGAGCCCACGGCCAAGAAGCCCCGCUCCGCCACGGGCGAGAACCCCGCAGCUCAGGAAGAUGAUCGGCUCGGGAAAAACGAAGUGUACGAUUACCUGCAGGAGCCCCUCUUCCAGGCCACCCCUGAUCUCUUCCAGUACUGGUCGUGCGUUACCCAGAAGCACACGAAACUCGCCAAGCUGGCCUUCUGGCUGCUUGCGGUUCCGGCCGUGGGGGCCAGGAGCGGGUGUGUAAAUAUGUGUGAGCAAGCCCUUCUGAUCAAAAGGAGGCGACUGCUCAGUCCAGAAGAUAUGAACAAACUCAUGUUUCUGAAAUCCAACAUGCUUUAAGACUUCAGAACACUAAGAAGAGAAAAGAAGAGAAAAAAAGAAAAGAGAAACGUUAGAAAAAAAAAAACCACAAACACACACACACACAACACUGUCGCAAACAAAGAAAAGGAAUUUAAGUUCUAAACACUGUGGACCUCAUUAUAAACGCCCCCCUGGAAACUUAAGUGCUUUUUCAGUGUGUGCGUGCAUGUGUGUGUGUGCACGCCCGCCCGCCCGUGUGCGGAUGCGUCCGAGCACGCGUGCCGUGGGUGUGCGGUGUGGGGCGCGGGGGCCCUGUGCUCACCUGUGGGGCCGCCGCAGCCUCACGCACCCAUGCACACACACACACUCACGCAACCCUGGUACAUGCACACACGCCUGCCCGUGGGCACGUGUGCAUUAAGCCAGGUGUGUCAGGAAAGCUGAGUGGGAAAGAGGGAAGACACUUCACCUCCUUUUCUCAGUGAGGGGGCUCGAAAGACUCCGUUUUCAGGUGUGCAGAUUGGUAGGAAGCUGAUGUUGUAAAAUGUUCAGGCAGCUGAGAUCUGAAGUGACUUGACGCUCUCUGUCCUUGACCCCGUGCGCCCCCCACCCCCUCCACCCCUCCCCGCCCCUGCACCCCCUCCUGCACCCACCCCGCCCCGGCUGCUCUGCCAUGGAUUCUCCAAACUGCAUCAGAUGGACAGUUUCUGCACUGGACUUAGUUCUCGUUCACCUUCAGGGCAUUGAGCUGUUGCCUUCGAGACACCCACGGGUGUUCGCGGGGCAGCCGCCUUAGAAACACACCUAUCUAUCUCCCCAAAUCAGGAAAGGAGACUUUAAGAAUAUAAAGCUGACUUUUUGCUUUUUAAUAUAAGAUAGAAAAAAAAAGACAUUUUUUAAAGAAGUAUAGAGACCUCUCCACUCCUUAAUAAUGUUUUUUUCCUAACGUUUUAGCAGUUUUUACCUUUUUUUUUUUCUUUACAGAUUUGAUUUUAGACUCUGCUAGGAGGCACUGAAUGUCUGUAACUUAUAUUUUGGAGGUUUUUUGUUCGUUUGUUUUUUUCCUCAGUUGCCCUUUUUGUUCCUCAAAUCACACUGUAAACUAGCUCAUCUCAGUGGUAUAUUCAGUAGCCUGAGGUUUUUAUCAGCCCUCCCUGGACAGGCCCAUUUUCAUGUAUUCGAACAGCCGAGACCACGAACUCGGCUUUGCUGUUUGGAAACCAGGAGUGGGUUUGGCGUCACACGUUUCACAGACGCGGGGUUCGGUGGAAGCCAUAGGGGCCGCAUGUGGCUCGGGAGUUCUCCUGAAUGUACGCGCAGGAGCCGCCCUCCUGGUUUGCUGUGUCUGGUACCGCGAAUGUCUGACUUCUAUACCCAGAGUGCAUUACACUACUCGCCACACCACGGACACUUCCAGCUCAGCAGGGACUCCCGCGUCCAUCCGUGUUCAUGUCCGUCUCACCUCAGACCCACGGCCCCUCUCCCCCCCCCUCCCCGGGGCCCCCAGGGGCGGGUUCUGGUCGUUCUCUGGCCCACGCCCUGUUGGGGGGGACUCCCCCCACCCCCCCACCUGAGCCUCCUUCCACGACAGUAGUUGAGCAUGGUGCCUUGCGGGCCAAACAGUUGUCGUCUUGAGGGGGGAAUGGCAUCAGGCCACAUUGAACUUGAGGCUGUGCAAGAUGGCUUUGCUCUCCAUGAGCAGUUUAGGUUCUACACACUCGGUCCAGAUGCCAAGACGGUGGCCCCUCUGCCCUCCCAGAGGUGGUGGUCCUGUCGGGGUCAGCACGCCACCCCAAGCCCCCACCCCCAGCCCCGUGAGUAAUGUGCUGGUGGCCCUGUGGCCCCCCACUCUCCGGUGCCCAUGGCUGGGGGAUAGAUGGUUACACCGAGGACUUCGCUAAGAACAGCCACCAUCGUGGAGGGCUCCUUGGCAAAGGCACGUUUUACCAUUUUGAGGGUUGACUUAAGUCCGCUCCAUCCCUUCCUGGAAACAAAGCAUUACUUAGCAGUGAGAUACCUCGACUCCAAAAAGCACUGUACAACAGCCCCCUCCUCGGCUCGUGGCAGCUCGGGAAGUCAAGCUGGCUCAAAAACUCGAAAAGGCUCAGGACUGUAGACCAGAACGGUGUCCCUGGGGGGCCGUGCCUGCUCGAGUCACCUCAUGAGAACUGACCCAGCUUUUCCCUCCAAGUCUCGGACAUACUGAAAUGUGUCAGAACGGGCCGUCGGCACCUUCGCUCCAGCAGGCGGUGGUCUCAGGAACCAGUGUGCCCUUGCCUCUCCUGGAGAAGUUCUAGAGAUUUCCCCCACGUUUCCAGCCGGGGUCACACCACCAGAGGAGCCUCCAUCUGCGCUGGACAGUCACCUGCUGUCACUUUCUAGAGAGCGUGGGAGCAUCCGCAUACCCUUUGAUCCAACCUUUGCGGACGUUCUGGAAGGUGGCUACAGGGUUGCCCAGUGACAGCUGUUUUGCUUUGCUGCUGGGGAGCAGCCCUCGACCUGGCACUUGGAACCACGCGAGGAGGGACCAGAGCUGCCCACGCUGUGUGGUUGGUGGGAGCAGGGCUGUUCUGGCGAUGCCCCAUUGUUGGGCCAGUAGGUCAGGAAACAGACCUUUCUCUUUGUUGCAAAGCCAUGGGAGGCCGAGCCCGGACGUGCAGUUAGAGCACUCGCAGUCUUGUGGGGACGCGGGCACGUCUGCCCUCCAGAAUGAAAACUCAAGUCUGUCUAGUUACACUCUGGGUGUCGAGUUAUCGGUGUCACCCCCGUUCUCUUCUUCCUCCCCACCUCCGUUCAACCCUCCGGGCUUGGCUUGCUCUGCAGGUAGAAGGUAGACGCCACUGGGCGCCCUGGAAGCUGCCUCGUGGGGCUGGCCCCAUCCAGAUACGGUGACAAGGUGGCAGGCGGUCCUCUGUCUCUUGCAGCCACCGGUUCCCCAGAAACUGGGCGUCACCGACAGGAAAGGCUGCAUCACGGUGCCCCUACGGUCGGCUUUCUCACACAGGCAGUUCCCAGAGUGCAGAUCUCGCUGCAGUGAACCGCUUAGUAAAACCCAAAGAUCUCACAGGUCCAGCCACUGGCGGCCCCUCGUUUCCAGCAAUAGCCACCUGAUCCAGAUUCUAGUUUAGCCAAAGGAUUGAGGUAGACUCUUCAUCUCAUCUCCCGGCACCUCCCUGGCGCCGACCGUCAGGAGGAUGUGUCCUGCUCCCCAGUUCUGUGACCACGAUGGGACUUCCCACCGCAGGCCCUCGGUUGCCAGCAGACCAGGGGAUGGGGCCGUUUCUGCCGUGUUCUCGGCGGCUCUGUGGUCUUCUGCUGGCUCGGACACGGCUCGCCUCAAGCCAUUCCCAGGACAGAAAUGGUCUUGUUUUGACAUAGGUGGGCCCCAGAGGGGAGAUGGAGAGAACAGCCCCUCCAUCCUGCAGGGUGUUCUCCCCUCAUCUCACAUCCGCUGGCUUCACCUCCCCACCCCACUCCCCCCUCAACCUCCAAAUCCCAGGCCAAGGACUGCAGCCCUCUGGGCUGUCGUUGUGAGCAAGGCUGGGCACAGAUGCUCUUGUCCCAACACUGUUCUUCCCUCCCUGGGCCCGGGCCCAGCAGCCAGGCCUCAGAUAGCGGUCAGAAACCAGGAAACAGAAACAGGAGGGCCACUUGAGCUAAGCGGCCCCUGCCCGUGCUUCUCCUUGGGGGGUCCAGGGCACAGAAAGCCGCUGCACCGUCUGCAAGCAAGGCGGCUUGGCCCCCUGAUGGCCUCUGGUUGGUGUUGGGAUUGGCCCUCCGUGGGGACAGGGGCUGAAGGUUUCCUGGAGGAGAGAACCGUCCGAGGAAGGACUUCCUUUUUACACCGGGUCCGUAAGCUGCCAAGUGUUCUCCCCUUGAGUUUGCUCCUUUAUCUCCUGCACUUUCAAGACACACCAGGGAAAAGCUCUGCAAGGCGUGUUUUCCACUGUGAA